GCGCUGAGCCACCCCGCGCAUCACGCCCCUGCCUGCGCCGCCGCCACCUACAGCGUCAGCGACCCGCGCCGCUUCCACUGCCUCGGCAUGGGCGGCUCUGACACCAGCCAGAUCCCGAACGGCAAGAGGAUGCGGACGGCGUUCACCAGCACGCAGCUGCUGGAGCUGGAGCGGGAGUUCUCCUCCAACAUGUACCUGUCGCGGCUCCGGCGCAUCGAGAUCGCUACCUACCUCAACCUGUCCGAGAAGCAGGUGAAGAUCUGGUUCCAGAACCGCCGGGUUAAGCACAAGAAGGAGGGCAAGGGCACCCCGAGGAACGGGCACGGGGGCUGCAAGUGCGCCAGCAGCCAGGGGCAUUACCCCCGCUCGGAGGACGAGGAGUCUUUAUCCCCCUCGUCGGCCCCCGAGGACAAAGAGAUCUCCCCCUUGUAGAGCACUCGCGGCUUCCCUUGAACCUGGCGUCGCCGCUCUCUGAACUCGCUGCUCGGCCAUAUGGGGGCAAGCCGGAGCCGGACGCGAGAGCCGGGGCUGAGGCCGCUUCAUUCACCUGCCGCGAGCUGUCAUCCUGCUAGGAGCAAACACACACAAGGACGCAGUUCUUUUCCGGCUCCAUUCUCCCGUGAGGUUACCUUUACCCCAGCCCCAGCCCUAGAUCUAUAUUUUUGAAUGUACAUGUUUCAGUCGUGAGAGUUUCAGCGAAAACGCGACUUUAACUAUGAGCGAACCCGGGACUGGAUUUUCCUAUGUGCAUGACAGGUUUCUCCCCCGCCCCCCUUCCCCAGUACAGUUUAAGAAAAUCUCAUUUCAUGGCUUGUUUGUUUGUUUACUGAAUGUUCUGACGUUGAGGAUUUAGACAUAAAAGAAAGACAGGAAAAACGUUUAGGUCUAUCUGCCAAUCAUCUGUACAGAGUUUUAAAAAAUGACAGUCAUCCCUUUGUAUGUGAAUAGUUUUAUAUCAAAUUUAUAUUUAUAUUUAUUUAAAUAAAUGAGGUCAGGCAAGAAUUUUAAUUGUUUUUCAUCUUCAAGUGCCAGCCUAGUUCAAAGAAUGAUGGUGUUCAUACUCGGGCAAAAUGUUUCUCUCUCUCUCUUAUUUCUAAUCCCCUUUGUACUAUAAAUGAAUUAGUGUGUUUCAGAAAUAUAUAAACCAUGCCAAUAAAUGCCAUCGGCUACUAA